AUGAUAUUUUAUUGUAAGGAAGCUUUCUUGGAAGCUGUUAGAGUCUAUCAUAUUCAUAGGAAUUUUAUUUCAAAGUACAAUGGAAAGCAUGGGAAUUGUGUGUUGGGUAGUGACACUGUAUUAGUUGGACAUAUUCUCUUGACGUCCUCUAUCAUCAACCAUAUGGUGAAAGAUCGAUUUGAGAUAGAGGUCACUUACAAGCUAGCAUGGUGUGCUAAGCAACAAGCCCCAUGGUCAAUUUAUGGUACAUGGGAGGAUUCAUAUUCUCUUCUUCCACGCUUUUUGAAAGAUGGUGAUAAGGGUAUCUUUCCAUCUGCGCUGGCGUCAAGAGACGCACACCUUUCAUCUGCCUUUGAGGUGCGACCCCCUAAUGACGCAGUUCGAGGGAGCGAUUUGAAGUGCACCUGCCUGGCACGUACAUUCUUGGACCUGCCUGAGGGUGCUGAUGAGGGCACUAUUGAGAGAUAUGCAAAGGCGUAUCUCUUGUAUUUGAUUGGUACUGUCUUGUUUACCAACAAGACUAGUAGUCAAGUACAAAUUUUGUACUUGACGCUACUUGAUGCGCCAUGGAAGCGUAUUGCAGGGUACAGUUGGGGGUCUGGUGCCCUUGCUUAUCUAUACAGGAGGCUAUGCGCUGCCUCAAGGAAGAAUCUUUGGGCGUAUGAGCAUAUUCUUAGUGUUGUUGCUCCACCACCUACUCCUGACCAAGAUUUCCCGUACGGAUCAAGAUGGUCUUUUGCCCGGCGCACUAGGACUCAUAUUGGAUCAAGCGUCGGUUUCUAUUGGGAUCAGUUGGAUCAUUUACGCGCUGACCAGUUUUGUUGGAACCCAUAUCCUGUUGAGACAUAUGUUGCCUUGCCUCAACACUCGGGGAUACAGACUUGGGUGUGGAGAGCUUUUGUGCCACGGAUAUGCUUCAACAUUGUCGAAGUACAUCUACUCGAGUGCGUAAUGCUCCAAUUCGGGAUGGUACUAGGCAUCCCACCACCUUGCGACACUAAGGUAGAGUUGCACCUCACAUCUCGUAAAGGUCAAUCUCCUAAGGAUUGA